GUCCACGUUAGAUAUGUACUUCCUCGUUCAGGUUUCGAUAUUUGACGACAUAAUACACAUAUAUACUAGCAUGUUUACACUCGUCUAUUUUCAGUGUGUUUGACUAGAACAAAAUGUAGAAUUACCGAGACAUGGAAAUUCUUGAGAACCGUGGUUUACAAAUAGCCAUUGAUAUGACGAAACAUAACCGACGAUAAUAGUGUUUGUACUAAGACUAAAGAACAGAACUGUGUGUCAACGGUUAAUCAUGGAGCCUACUACGACUUGGCAGAUCAUUGUGCUUAUCGUUAUUCUAAUGACACAUUUCUCUCAAGCUAACAAGGCUUGUCCAACAGAAUCAACACGAAACAGUAACUUUCCAGUGAUACACUUGUGUACAAAUGAAGCUGCCAGUGAUGUUCAAGGAGUAUUUCUUGACGCGUUCGUAUCUGCCAACAACCCAGUCAGUUGCAGCUGUACACUUGAGACAAGACAGUCCCUUCAGAUUGGUAUAAACCCUGUUAUACUUCCAGACAGAAACUGUACAUCAACAUUACAUAUAUCAUCAUCACAAGGGCCAGUUAUUUAUAACUGUAAGAAGAUUAAUAUAACUAUUCCAAUGUAUCGGCGGAAUCUUCAAAAUGAAGGAGUGUUCAUUAAACUGACGACGAGAGCUGGGAACGAGAAUACUACGUACUGCAUCAGUUUAAUCAUCACGGAUGGUCAAGGUUCGUUGACACUUCAGUGUCAUUCGCCAGACGGUAGGUCGAUGUCGAGCUCAACCCAGCCCUAUGAUAAAACCACAUCACUGAGAUCCACAACACUGAGUUCAUCACGAACAGAAUCAACCAAGUCAGAGAAAGCAGAUACAAGUUCUCCAUUAACAGGGCCGGUUAAGUCGGAGAUAUCAGAUACGACAGUUCCUGUAGAGAAGACGAACAUACACACAGAACCGAAAGCUUUCCCAGUUGCGGCUACUGUAGGUGGUGCCGUUGGUGCAUUUCUGAUAGUCGCCGUAGUGGUUAUUGUGAUUAUCAUUUAUAUAAGGAAGAAACGAACAAAAGGCAAACACAACACCAGUGAUGAUGACGAUGUGGACUACGUCAUUAGGGAUGUUAAUCCUAAUAACGUUGAUACGAAUCUUAACCCUUCCGUCGCUAAUAACAAUGUUACCCGUUUUAAUACUGACGACAAUACUGGCAACACGUAUGAACAUCUACAACACAAUACUGGCAACACGUAUGAACAUCUACAACACAAUACUAUACAGUAUGUUAACACGCCGUCGAGUGUUGAUGGAGACCACGUGUACCUCCACGUCAAUGAACCAACACAGUCACAGAUCUCAGAUCAAGAUUAUUAUAACACUGCCAACAUGACUGGAUCAAACAGUUUAGAUUCACACGAGUAGAACAUGACUGGAUCAAACAGUUUAGAUUCACACGUGUAGAACAUGACAGGAUCAAACAGUUUAGAUUCACACGAGUAGAACAUGACUGGAUCAAACAGUUUAGGACGGGACGUAGCUCAGUGAUAAAACGCGAUCGAUCUAGGAUCGAUCCCUGUCGUUAGACUCAUUGGGCUAUUUCUCGUUGUAACAAAAGCCGUGGUAUGUACUAUCCUGUCUGGGAUCAUACAUAUAAAAGAUCCUGCUUUGUUAAUCAAAAAGAGUAACCAAUGGCAUCGCGGCAGCGGGAUUCCUGCCAUCCGUAUGACUCUUAACCAUAUGGCUGACGUAAUGUAAUAAAUGUGAAUGAUUUACUAACAAAAAUAAACUUUUAAUUUAU